AUGGGGCCUGGGGCGGAGGACUGGGACCGACUUUUGCUGACGGUGGCCACUGCUCUGAUGCUGUCCAUGAGGCUUCCAGGCUCCUGGGGGGCUAGGAUCAUUGGGGGCCGAGAGGUGGCCCCACACUCCCGUCCCUACAUGGCAUCGGUGAAGUUCGAGGGCCAGCAUCACUGCGGCGGCUUCCUGCUCCGUGCCCGCUGGGUGGUCACAGCUGCCCACUGCCUCAGCGACAGAGACCCACGGACCCUCCUGGUGGUGCUGGGGGCACACAACAUCCGCACCUCAGAGCCCACCCAGCAGGUGUUCAGCAUCUCAGCUGUCACCAGGCACCCCGACUACCAGCCCACAACCCACGCCAACGACAUCUGCCUGCUGAAGCUGAACAGCUCCGCCAUUUUGGGUCCUGCGGUGGGGCUGCUGAGGCUGCCACAAAGGGGCGCCAGGCCGCCCAGGGCCGAGACGAGGUGCCACGUGGCCGGCUGGGGCUCUGUGUCCAACUUUGAGGAACCGCCCCCCGGGCUGAUGGAGGCCGAGGUUCGCGUGCUGGGCCUGGACGUCUGCAACAGCUCCUGGAAGGGCCAGCUCAGCCCGGCCAUGGUCUGCACCCACAGUGGGGACCAUCGGCGGCGAGGCUUCUGCUCGGCGGACUCCGGGGGGCCCCUGGUGUGCAGGAACCUGGCCCAUGGCCUUGUUUCCUUCUCCGGCCUCUGGUGUGGCGACCCCAAGACCCCAGAUGUGUACACACAGGUGUCUGCUUUCGUGACCUGGAUCUGGAGUGUGGUUCAGCAUCGACCCCACAGCCCCCAACUCAGCUCCUCACCCAGGACCGCUGGGGCCCCCACAGGAGCUUCCUGA